CUCCACGCGCGUCUGCCGUGCCUUUUCGUCACAUGACGAAGUGUCGGUUUACAAACACUAGGCAUUCCUUUCUUUUGCCUCUAUGGUGAAGGAGAGAGAAUGGAGGGAUGGGGUGAUGGUGAACGGGAAAGAGAAGAAUGAUCAUCAGCAAGGCUCUUUGACUUGGGAAACGGAUGUGUGUGAAACUGGAACCGAUCGCUUGAGGUGUGUGUGUGUGUGACGUAUAAUUCGGUGCAGUGAGGUAGAUGUCCAGGAUAUACACGAGCAGAACGGGAGGCCCGCGUGACUGCUGCAGGGAAGAGAGAAGAGGACAGAGGGGGUUGAGUUUGUGUGGUCCACCGCAAAACUCCCACGGAGUCAAAAGAUGGAAAGAAGAGGCAUAGCAAAUGAAAACAGCACAAACGUGCCGACGGCUCAAGGGGGAUGGACUUUCUAUAAUUUAUUUACGUUUACUUUCGACGGAUUUAAGUAAUUUCUUAACCUGAACGGUUUGCCGACCGGACCGAUUAAGAUCUGAUCAAGAGCUAUCUCUCUCAUCCUUCGGAUAGGUCCGGUAGUCGGACCUUCGUGAGGACAGGACAACUCGGGCCUUGUUUCGAUGCUUGUUCCUCGUCACCUUGACAAGAUCCAGACCCACUCACCGACCUACGCAAUGCACGUCGUUUCUCAUUACCGUCGAAACAACGGGAUAUCUGGUGCUUAAUAACGGGUGCUGCUACAGGACUGCGGCCUCUGGGCUCCGCCCACCGCCCACCGCAAUGCUAUGGGCCUUGGGAGGUAGAGAUAUGGAGAGAAAAGAACAGAGGAACGGAGCUGUGUGUCGUAAAUGCAUUCAGGUUCUCAAUGAUUAGCCCUAGGUAUUUUUUCUUAUUUUUCUCCUUACGUGAACAUGUUGAAGAUUGUCUGGGGUGCAGAUGUAAUAGGACAUAUACACUCUGCUAAGCAGCUAUUGCUGUUUUCAUAUGCUAAAUAGCCCAGUCUUCUGAGUUGAGAGUUUUUGGAAACCGCACUGUGGCGUGUCAGGAUCGAACCUUGGGGAUUAUUGCACAACGGGUUUUGUCAUCCUGCCAAUUGACAACGCAGGGCCAAAGUGAAAAGGGGGUGAUUUUUUAAAAAGCAACCAACUCUCCAUCUCUCUUACACACUCUCUCUCUCUCUCUCUCUCACACACACACACACACACACACACACACACACACACACACACACACACACACACACACACAGGCUCACCACUCUCCACACAUACACAGGCUCACCACUCUCCACACAUACACAGGCUCACCACUCUCCACACAUACACAGGCUCACCACUCUCCACACAUACACAGGCUCACCACUCUCCACACAUACACAGGCUCACCACUCUCCACACAUACACAGGCUCACCACUCUCCACACAUACACAGGCUCACCACUCUCCACACAUACACAGGCUCACCACUCUCCACACAUACACAGGCUCACCACUCUCCACACACACCAGCCAUGCCAUCCCCGUCAGACUCCAGCAGUGUAGUGUCAGCCUCUGGGUCUCGGGGCUGGUCAGAUAGCUGCCGGGGCAUGUCUGGCCGUCAGGGUGGGGCCAAACUGCUGCUGUACCUGGGGCUGUGCCACCUGGGCCUGGGGGCCAUGGUCCUGGCCUUCUCCUUCACCAGCAUGGCCUUCACAUCCUCAGCCCGCGUCCGACAGUCCUGCCCCUUCUGGGCCGGCUUCUUUGUUGUGGCAUCAGGGUUAGUUGGACUUAUCUCAUGGAGAAGACCACUCACUCUUGUGGUGUCCCUCUUCAUGCUGCUGUCUGCUGUGUGUGUCAUCCUUAGUCUGGCUGGAUCCAUGCUCUCCUGUCAGAACGCACAGAUGGUCAAGUCACUCCUCACCUGCCAGGUGGAGAAUGGGUUGUGUGUGUGUUGCGCCCCAACACACUCCUGCUCUAUAAACGAGGAGGAGACCCUGGUACUCUACCUAAACGCAGACUGCCACUCUGUCAGACAUCAGCUCAAGGACCUGUUGUUCAGUGCUUGUGGUCUGAGUAUUCUCUCUACCAUCAUCUGUACUCUCUCUACUGUCACCUGUAGUAUACACAUCUUCUCCCUGGACCUAGUGCACUUGCUCGCCCCGCACCGCUCUCGCUCUGUCAACCCAGAAUGCACCACUCCUCAGGAUGCCUUCCUGACCAACAUCAUGGACUUUGAGGAGUUUGUCCCGCCCAUCCCUCCGCCCCCCUACUACCCCCCUGAAUACACCUGCAGCUCUGAGACAGACGCACAGAGUAUCACCUAUAACGGGUCGAUGGAGAGUCCAGUUCCUCUGUACCCCACUGACUGUCCCCCUCCUUACGAAUUAGUGAUGGGACAGAGAGCAGCUAGCCAGGCCACGGUGUUUGACAGCCAUGGGAAUGAGCUGUCUGGAGAGAGGGCCACAUCCACUGCCUUCAGCGGAGAGGUCUCCAUGGACAGUGGUUCUCUGUUGAUGUCGGAGAUCAUUGACAUCCCAGACGACUCCUCACCUUCAGAGGACUUCUGCCUCGUGGGGGUCAGGGCUAGGGGGGAGAGAGGGAGCACCGGGGGAGUGGAGGAGGGAGACGGGGGAGAAGGAGGGGAGUAUGUGAGCUUCCGUGGUCCCCCUCCCCAAGCCCUGGAGAGUCCCCUGGUAGAGAGUCCCCUGGUGGGCCCCAGGGCCAGGCGAUGCUACAGAGGAGAGAGGUCCAACUCCUGCUCCUCAUCUAGCACUGCUACAGCUACAUACAGGUCUCCAGUGUUGAGGCGACAGGCUAUGUUGGCCAGUAGUUGUUCCCAGUUGGAGCUGCUAGGAGGCGCCACCUCUCACCAGCACUCCUCUAUCCUAGAGAAACGAGUCGGACCUUGCACCCCUUUACGACGCAGUUCUGCCUCUGCCUCUGCAGCUCCUCCCACUUCCUCAGCUGUCAAUCAGCAGGGUGGUCACGGCAACGGCGUACCCCUCCCCCUACAGCCGUUGUACUUGCGUCGUCAGGGCGGAAGGAGCGAGAGGGGGGAUAGUGACGGGCUUCUGCCCCUAGUGAGGUCACACAGCGAGCCUGGCCUCAGCUCUUCUGCUGAUACAGUUGACUUCAGUGGUGGCUCAGUGGGCAGUAAAGGAGUGAGGGAGGGCUCUCAGACCUCUACAAACACAGGUCCGUCCUCCGAGGCAUGCCUGCUACCCCGCUCCUCUCUGGUGCCCCCCUCAGCCCUCCUCCCCAGUAAGGGCAGUGUGAAGGCAGCCACCUUGGGGCGCAACUUGCCCCUCUCCAAAGGCCUCACCAACUCUCCCUUGCACCUGCCCAAAGAAUACAACCGCUCUCUUGGGGACCUCAAGGUGACGAGGGGGUUGGUCGCUCGCUUCCUGCAGCGAUCCAAACGGAACCUGGCGUCCGCCGCAGAGCAUUCUGGGAACACGGGACAGGGUCAGAAAAGGAGAGGCGGGGUGGAGGGCAACGGGACAGGCCAUCUCCCUUUAGAGCAGGUGUUACGUAACUCCUGGGGGGCCAGCCAGGGAUCCCACCCACCACACCCUCAUCACCGUGGUCACCACCACUCCCAUAGCGACAGCCGCCACAACCGCCGUCAUAGCAACCAACCCCCUGUGACGGAGGGGAUCCACUUGCGCAGCUGCGGUGACUUAAGCUCCUCCUCCUCUGCGUCGCUAUGGCGAUUACUGACGGCCAACCCCCACGGGUCAUCAGGGGCACUGUACACAGAGUCAGCCCUGUAAGAGGGGGAGGAAGGAGGAAAGAUGGGAGGGGAUGGGGAGGAAAAGGAGAGGAGGCAGAAAGUAUACCCACACAGAGGAGAGUGGAGGCAUGGUAUGGUCUAAUGAAGAAGAGAUACAAAGGGAGGAGGAGAGGUGGAGGAUGGUAGGAUGAGUUAGACAGGGGAGAGGAAGGAUGAAGGAACAGACUACUGACAUAUCCUGAUGGGCGGUGGAAGGAGUCAGCACUAUGAGGAGGGAACGACUGGACCUUUGCUACAGCCUUGUUCCAAUACUUUCAACAUGCAUCCUACCGCUUUCCCUUCCUCCUUCCCCUUGGAGCCCUCCAAUGCACCUGCGCCUGGCCUUCCUUUCCUGAACUUUGACCUCUCAACUAACCUCCUACCUUCAACCUCCACCUAGCCAUACGGAACACAACUCUGGGAUCUCUCUUUAACUUCAAGACUAUAGAGGAUGGAGAGAAGGAGUAGGAUAAUGAAGUUUCCCCUAGACUCUGAGCUAUGGUCAGUUUAGUGUUUCUCCUCCUAAUGGUUAAGGUUAGGAUCAGUGGAGCAUAAGCUGAUCCUAGAUCUGUGUCUAAGGUAAACACUUUUCUGGAGCUGUGAAUAUCACUCUUACACGAACCGCAUACACUCAUUAAACUGCUCACUCUUUUUCAAAACUCAAAUGUACGUUCAUUUGUCCAGCUCUUCAUCCGGAGCGAAACUCACUUUAAGUGUUCAUGGAACUCACCUUUUUGUCUUCCACUUGUGAAAUGGUUAACCUUCCUUUUCUCCUGACGACACUGUAAAAUGUACAGAAAAAUGUACACUCGUUUUUCCCACUGACAGUGAAAGUUUAAUGGCCUGUUAGUGUCGCCGUAUGUUUACAAACUUACAUCUUUAUUAGUAUUUUUUUGUGGUUCAUUUUCUUGAGGUAAAAUCAACAUGUAAUCCUCAACACCCCUUACCUAGUCCAUCUCCAAACUGCCUUCAGAAGAAAGGUGCCUCAAACUCAAAACUCGCACACCAUCUACCCCAAGCUCAAAACUAACCCACCAUCUACCCCAAAACUCAAAACUAACACACCAUCUACCCCAAACUCAAAACUAACCCACCAUCUACCCCAAAACUCAAAACUAACACACCAUCUACCCCAAACUCAAAACUAACACACCAUCUACCCCAAGCUCAAAACUCACACACCAUCGACCCCAAACUCAAAACUCACACACCAUCUACCCCAAACUCAAAACUAACCCACCAUCUACCCCAAAACUCAAAACUAACACACCAUCUACCCCAAACUCAAAACUAACACACCAUCUACCCCAAACUCAAAACUAACACACCAUCUACCCCAAAACUCAAAACUAACACACCAUGUACCCCAAACUCAAAACUAACACACCAUCUACCCCAAACUCAAAACUCACACACCAUCUACCCCAAACUCAAAACUCACACACCAUCUACUCCAAACUCCAAACUCACACACCAUCUACCCCAAACUCAAAACUCACACACCAUCUACCCCAAACUCAAAACUCACACACCAUCUACCCCAAACUCAAAACUAACACACCAUCUACCCCAAAACUCAAAACUAACACACCAUCUACCCCAAACUCAAAACUAACACACCAUCUACCCCAAA